UGAUUCGCAAUCAAAUUUCGCCGACGUAAAGGUUUAUUUAUUACAAACGUUUCGCGUGGAUCUGCAGCGUACGAUGGCUUCAUCAAUUUAUGCCGAUGUGCAACAAGGACCGGCUAUUGAAGUGUUUGCCUUGACGCAAGCAUUUAGGGAUGAUGUUAAUACACCGAAAGUGAAUCUGUCCGUAGGCGCUUACCGAACGGAUGAAGGUCAGCCAUGGGUCCUGCCUGUGGUGAGAAAAACAGAAGUAUCCAUCGCCACCGAUGAGACAAUUAAUCAUGAAUAUUUGCCAGUAACGGGAUUGGAUACGUUUACGCGUGCAGCAACUGAAUUGGUCUUAGGUGCGGACUCAAUAGCAAUAAAAGAGAAGCGUGCCUUUGGUGUGCAAACGAUUUCGGGAACAGGAGCUCUGCGCGUAGCUGCUGAAUUUUUGUUUCGUCAAUUGAAACGCAACACUGUGUACUACUCGAAUCCGACAUGGGAGAAUCAUCACAAGAUUUUUGCCGAUACCGGAUUUACCAGUCUGAACUCGUAUCGCUAUUGGGACCAAAACAAACGUCAGCUGGAUUUGGAGGGCAUGCUCGCUGAUUUAGAUAAGGCGCCGGCUGGCGCAGUCAUUAUCCUACAUGCGUGUGCACACAAUCCUACGGGCAUGGAUCCCACUCAAGACCAAUGGAAGAAAAUUGCCGAUCUGAUUGAGCGGAAGCAACUAUUCCCACUUUUUGAUUCUGCAUACCAGGGCUUUGCCAGCGGCGAUCCCGAUCUGGAUGCCUGGGCGAUACGUUACUUUGUGGAUCGUGGAUUCGAGCUAUUUGUUUGCCAAUCGUUUGCUAAGAAUUUCGGCUUGUACUGCGAGAGAGUUGGAAACUUAACGAUAGUACAGCGAAGCGGCGCCACCCGUGAUCCGAUCCAUUCGCAGAUAACUCUUCUCAUUCGCGGCUUGUACUCAAAUCCACCAGCGUAUGGAGCUCGCAUAGUGUCCAAGGUAUUGAAUACCCCAGCACUGCGUCAAGAGUGGAUGGACUGCAUCAAGGGCAUGUCGAGUCGUAUUCGGGAAAUGCGUAAACUUCUGCGAGAGAAGCUGGUGGAAUUGGGAACACCCGGCAAUUGGGAUCACAUUGUCAACCAGAUUGGCAUGUUCUCUUACACGGGCCUCAAUGAGAAACAAGUGGCCGUGCUGAUCAAGGAGUACCACAUUUAUUUGCUGAAAACUGGCAGAAUAAAUAUGUGCGGUCUGAACACUGGAAAUAUUGAAUAUGUGGCAAAGGCUAUUCAUGCAGCUGUGACCUUAACUCCAGCUAACUUAUAAGAAACGAGAAUCAAUUCUUAAA